GGAGAAAAAAAUAGUGCAGAAGGUGACGCUCCUCCAAAGGAACAGAGAGAGGCACAGAGAGGGAAAGGCAAAGAGAGAGGUGUCUACAGGCUGCAUCUCCAUUGAAACAUUUGCCAGGGGGAGACAGAGGAAGAGCUGAAUGGUAGCUACACCCUGCGCCUGGAAGCGUAGAGACACUGUAACAAACGCUGUCAAUUGUUUUUUUUUUGGCAAUAACAAAGAGGUGGGAGAGGGGUCUCUGAAAUCGAAGGAAAUAGCAAAACAAAGAAGAAGCCAGUAUUCAGGGGGACUUCUGCUUCAUUUCAUCCGAAAGACUCAUCCCUUUUCCAUCAUCAGCAUGACCAUAAGCUAUAGCCUAAGUCACAUUCGGCAAUAACGGUGUCAAAACGAGAUUUUCAGCAACAGACGCGCGCAAUCAUAUUCUGAUUCAUUAUAAUCGGGGGAGAAAAGAAACAACUGAAUGCCUGCAAAAAAAAAACUGGAUACUCUCUGAAAUCAUAAGAAAGAGCGAUCUAACAAAGAAAACUACGUUUUGAUUGAUCUUUAGCCUUGAUGUGCACGUUUCUGCACGCUCUCGAAACGCAACCUGAACCAAAAGCAAACUCCUCAGACUCCUCCCUCCUCCUCCCUUCGGUUUCUCUCAUCCUCUCCCUCCCCCCCCGGUCCUCUAUGCUCAGUUCGGUGUGUGUAUCCUCUUUCAAAGGGCGCAAGGGUGGGAACAAGUCGUCCAACAAAGCAUGUUACAGCGCAGACAUGACUUGUCCGUCGGAAAGCGAGAAAAUCGUGAUAAACUGCGGAGGGGUGCGGCAUGAGACCUACCGGAGCACCCUAAAAACGUUGCCUGGCACCCGCUUAUCGUGGCUCACCGAGGCGGACGCGUUCAGCAACUUCGACUACGACCCCAAAUUAGACGAGUUCUUCUUCGAUAGACACCCGUCAGUGUUUUCCUUCAUCCUCAACUAUUACCGCACUGGGAAGUUGCACUGUCCCAACGAUGUGUGCGGUCCCCUGUUUGAAGAGGAGCUGGCUUUCUGGGGUAUCGAUGAGACGGACGUGGAGGCGUGUUGCUGGAUGAAUUACCGGCAGCACCGGGAUGCGGAGGAGGCAUUGGACAGCUUCGAGAAUCCAGAACCAGACGCACCGGACGACGAACCGGCGCUGGGCGGUGCGGAUGGGGACUUGAAAAGACUGUGCAUGCAAGAGGACGCGAGGAAAGCGGGCUGGUGGAAAACCUGGCAGCCCCGAAUAUGGGCACUGUUUGAAGACCCAUAUUCCUCCAAAUAUGCCCGGUAUGUGGCAUUUGGCUCCCUGUUCUUCAUCCUCAUCUCCAUCUCCACCUUCUGCAUGGAGACACAUGAGGCCUUCAACACCAUCCUCAACAAGACAGAAAAUGUCACAGUGGGCAACACGACCCGUGAGGAGAUUGUAUACGAGGUGGUGACUGACAGCUGGUUGACAUACGUGGAGGGCGUGUGUGUCAUUUGGUUCACCAUUGAGGUCCUGCUGCGAGUCACCUUCUGCCCAGACAAGCUUGAAUUCUUCAAAAGCAGCCUCAACAUCAUCGACUUCGUCGCCAUCCUGCCCUUCUAUCUGGAGGUGGGCCUGAGUGGGCUGUCCUCCAAAGCUGCCAAGGAUGUCCUGGGGUUCCUGCGUGUUGUCAGGUUCGUCCGUAUCCUCCGAAUCUUCAAGCUGACCCGCCACUUUGUGGGCCUCCGUGUCCUGGGCCACACCCUGCGUGCCAGCACCAAUGAAUUCCUCCUGCUUAUCAUCUUCUUAGCCCUCGGUGUCCUCAUCUUUGCCACCAUGAUCUACUAUGCUGAACGAAUUGGCGCCGACCCAGAUGACCCAACAGCCAGCGCCCACACCAACUUCAAGAACAUUCCCAUUGGAUUUUGGUGGGCCGUUGUGACCAUGACCACACUGGGCUAUGGAGAUAUGUACCCGGAGACGUGGUCAGGGAUGCUGGUGGGUGCUCUGUGUGCCUUGGCUGGUGUGCUGACCAUCGCCAUGCCUGUACCUGUAAUUGUCAACAACUUCGGCAUGUACUACUCUCUGGCCAUGGCCAAACAAAAGCUGCCCAAAAAGAAAAACAAACACAUUCCCCGAGCACCCCAACCAGGGUCCCCCAACUACUGCAAGCCAGACGCCCUGGCUAUGGCUACUGCAUCACCGCAAAGGCUCUUGGGAAAUGUCCUAGGUGGAGUGAUGGGGCCUGGAGGCCUUGCGGGAGACUGUCCUCUAGCCCAAGAAGAAAUUAUAGAGAUGAACAGAGAUUCCAAGCAGAACGGCGAUGCAGCUUCGGCCGCCCUGGCUAACGAGGACUGUCCCACCAUCGACCAGGUGCUGAGCCCAGACGAGAGGAGCCCCAUUGGGCGAGGGCCUACCCGGGAACGCUACCAGCAGGACCGCGCCUGCUUCCUGCUCAACACCAGGGAAUUCCGUGCCACAGAUGGGAAUGUGCGGAAAGCAACGGGCUACGAGAAAUCUCGCAGUCUCAAUAACAUAUCGGGAAUGGCUGGGUCAUCGCUGCGGCUUGCUCCCAUCACUAGCCCACCCUUUGAAACCUAUGAGGCCCCAGGACCACUGCGCCGCUGUCGCUCCCCCAUCCCCUCCAUUUUGUAGCGAAAAAAAAAAAAGGAUGUUCCUGAUUGGAUGUUAACAGAUGCCGUGGAUUAGCUGUGGACUGACCGCAUUAAAGCCUCCAUUUGGAUUGUACACCGUGCAAAAACAAUAGCAAUAACGUAAAAUGAACUUGAAUGUAGAAAGAAUGACCCCUUGUCUUGUGAAUCUAAUGGUUUAUGAUGCAUGAAUCAGGUUAGCUGAUGGGGUCGAAUACAAAGUGUACACUGUUAUUUUAGAUCAUAGAAAAUGUAAAAAAUAAAUAAGAUUUGGAUGGGUUAGUAAAUAAAAUAGUAGCUGAGAUUAAAACAACAUUAAAACAAGUGCACAGUUACAUUAUAGAAUUUAGGAUUAAGUGUGUAGGUGGACAUCCAUUUUUUUAAAUGUUCUGGACCAAACAAAAAGCUCUUACCACUGUCCAGAUAAAUGACCAUGAAAUGAGAUACUUCAGUUCAUUUAGCCAAAGACAUGAAGACAUUUGUAGAUAAGAUUGAUGUUGAAAAGGUUUCUACUUCCUGUCUUUUGUAAAUAUUGAUGUAUGUAGCCUACAGCGUAGACAUCAUUUUGGUAUUUUUUAUCAAAAGACAGCCGAGACAGCUUCUAUAAGACCUGGUAAUAACACUUCAUUUUAUCAUUGGACACUUUAUGGUGAUAGUUUACACAGAGGUGUCAAAAAAUGUAAAACAAAAAACUUAGCUUAAAUGAAAAGAACACAAAUAUUGUACCGUGUAGUUUGUUUUAUUACAUUGCUGUCAGGAUCCCAUGUAUGCAAUUGCUACCUUCCGGUGUACAGUUAAAGAAAGGUCUAUUCAGAUUCUUUCUUUAGCAGUUGCAAGCAUGUUGUUUCUUACAUUUCUACAUAUCUAUCAACAUCUAAUGCAUCAUAUGCAAUUAAAACAAUCAUAUUCCCAAACAAAAAUAUGAAUUUCAUCAUAUGCCCCAAAAAUAUAUAUAUAUAAAAUAAUUUAUUAAAAUUUGCAACCGUUUAGUUGUUGACAAGGGCACAGGUUUAGUUUAACAAGGAGGGAUUAGGAGGAGGUUAGUUGGAGAUGGGAGACUAAGUUGUUACAUGUAAGACGAGCUAAUGAAAUAUGAUUUGAUACGUAGGAAAUGAAGCAUUCAAAGGUCUUUGCAGUCGACAGAUGAACAGUAAGCAGAACAUUUUUUUUAAAUCAAUGCUUUUCUUUUUUACGUGCAAUAGUUUUCUGACAUGUCGGCUUGUUAAUAUACAAUGCUGGUUGUUAGCAAAACCUAAUGACUUAAUGUCAUUCAAUGUUUGAACUUCACACUACCUUAUAAACCCAAUUAGUUUUGGGUCUUUGGUAAAAUAGCACAAUUAAGCGAUCCCAUCGUUAGAGAUACAUUUAUUUUUGAUGAUGGUUAAUGACUGAGUGGACAUUAUUAAAAUGUUAAUCAGAAAAGUAAUGUAAAUGAAAUAUAUACUUCUAUGUAGACCCAUAAUCUUUCAAAGAAAUCGAAUUACAAUGUAUUCAGAAAUAAUACAUAAACUAACUACAUCAAAUAUAGCUACUUAUAAAGUCAGAUAUGGAUGAAUACAUGAUUAAUAACAUACGUAAACAAAUACAAGCACUUUACUAACAGUCAAUGUUAUUACUAACCUUUAACGUCUGCAUGUUGGGAUAAGACACAGACCAUAUUACAACAAAUUAUUAGGUUGAACAUUUGAGACUACCUGAUCAAACGUCUCUCUCUAAGGAUGUUCAGCUUUUUUAAAUAUCUCUUCUGCUUCAUUUUUACGUUUUUAUUAAUACUUUUUCCAUUAGUUUUAAACUUUCUAUUUAAAUGUUUGUCUAAAAUGGUUUUGAAAAAGAAAAAAUACAAAAUGCAAUCUAUUAAUUAUAUUAAUUAUAAAGAAAUAUAACAUUGUUUACAAUAUACCAUUCCCUUGAAUAAUUUAAAAUGAACAAUCUGUUUUAUAGCUUUUAUUUUUGUAAUGGAGGUUUUUCCUCAGACUGCCAUUCUCACAUAGAAAUACAUCUUAUGUAAAAGUUCAGCUAAAAAGAUUAAAAAAAGAAUAGUGACUCAUUCACAUAUGCAAUAAACAUGCAAUAUUAUUUUAAUGCUGGAAAACAUGCUGUGCACAUACAUAUAUAAAUAUGCAGAUCUAUUUUUAAUCAUAAAAAUGCACAGACUUUGUUUACUUGUAAUCUUUGAUUCAGCUGUUCGAGGAGUAUUACAAUGACACCAUGAGCCAUUUGUCCUGUUUUAUUUAAAGUCAUUGUUACUGGUCCUGUGAACUUGUUGAUGUUGUGACUGCCACUUCUAAUUGUUUUAGAUUUGUAAUAGUUUUAUAUUUUUUUCACUUGUACUGGUAAUGUGUAUUUCAUUGUGAGGAAUGCCUUUUCUGUACUACUGAUUGUCUAAAAUAGAAUUUCUCGAAAAAAGAUACGAUGUUGUAUUUAACUGUGCUUAGGUUCUUUAAAAAAGAAAAAUUUAGUAAGACUAAAAUCAUGAGGACAAACUGUAAGUUCUUUUGAGACAACAUUUUUUCGCAGGUGUAAAGAGAGAGUAUUUAGAGUAUUUACCUGUUUAGAGAGUCAGGUCCUGAAAUUCUUACUGUCAUAAUCUAUGGUCCCGAUUACCAUCAUGUCUAAAAAUCGAUGUGCUUCCAGACUCUUCAACUUUGAGAAAUUAGAUAUGCAGUAUUGUGAUUCAGGAUGAGAACUAUGACAUCACUUGAAUGUUUGGUUGAUUCUGUUGUCGACUGGGCUUUGAGAGGUGUGUACAAGUUGUAGUGUCUCAUUUAUAAUAGAUCCCACCACAGUCACUGCAAGAAGUAACGAUUGGCUGGCUUUGUUUGAUACGGGUUUUCGAAGGCCAUCGCACAUAUCUUCAGACCGAAGUUGCUAAUAGUCGUGCUUAUACUCAGUAUUGUUACAUUUCACCAUUGUGAUGUCAGAAAAUGACAAUCAUUUUGUGUCGUCUGAAAAUAUCUGAAACAGCAUGCAGAGCUUUGUGUCUCCAGUGAAUCCAAGCAUUGUUUGACAGCAUCUCCUUAAUGUAUAAUGUCAACCUAAACUAAGGGAAGGAAGGGAAACUCUGGGAUAGUAUGUUUUUAAGUUGAUUUCACGAGCAGGAAAUGUUUUUUGUGAAACUGUAACGAGUACAGUUACACACAUUGAUUGACGUGGGUUCAAUCCUCAAAGGUAAUCUGAGUCCACAUCAGCACACUUGAGUAUUAGUCUGUAUUUUUGUUAGCAUCACUUCCUUCAGCGCACAAACCUCAUGAAACCUGUCUAAGCGCACAAGCAUACUGUAUCAUCCUAAAAUGACUCCACAAUGUGGAUGUAACAAUUUGCGAUACUUUAAAUGAUACUGGUAUGCCACUUUAUUUUGGAAUGUACAUUUUCUGUUACAGUCAAGGGAAAUGUCCAUCUUAUAUAUCUGCAAUGAAUUGUUCAGUCUCACACACCACUGCUUUCAUUUGAACAUUUAUGACGAAAGAAGUACUGUAUUUGUUUAUAUUUGCUUUGUAUUGUAUCAACACUGAAUCUGAAGAAUGUCAUAAUUGUGGUUCUGUUGAUCUUAAAGAGUCCUAUCACAUAGUUGUGGCCGAUGCAAGUCACUCACUGUAGGACACUGUGACGUACACAUUGUUUAAGUAAAUGAAACAGGCAGAUGUUGGAAGUGCCUCUAUGAGGCCCUCGUAGGCUCUGAUGUCAAUUUAGGAGUUCAUGCAAACUAGCUAGAUUUAACUAGCUAAACCUUCCAAGCAAUGCGUAAUAGGUCAGUAGUUAUUAUUGAAUAUGUACAUAUCUGUAUCUACACAUGUGAAUACAUUAAAGUCAUGCAGAAUGAAUGUAUCGAUGUAUACUUUGUGAGUGCGGGGCGCUGGACGUUUCAUAACAAAUGAUUUAAUCUAUCAUCAGAAAGGUUUUAUCUUGCAGUGCUCAAUGAAGUGCCAAACUAACCUACCUACACCACUUAACCUGGCUUUCAUAGGAGUAUGCAUUUCAAGAACAAAAAGCUUGUUUGUUUAUUGUUUUUACAGUACUGUUUCUACACAGCAUACCAUUAUUAAUUCAGCUGCAAUGACAAAGGAACAAUUUGAGUGCGUUCUUGGCUCGUUGUUGUUUGCUUUGAUAAGAGCUGGUUCUACAUGAACUAAGUGCACUGUAUUAUAUUGAAUAUAAAUGUACAGUACAUGUAAAUAUUUAAAUGGUUGGUAUUGUGAUACUGUUUCACUAUUGUAUUUGGAUUUAGCAAGCAAAGGAAUACUAAAAGCUGCUGUACUGUAAGUACAGUCGUUUCAUUUGUGAUAAGAAGUGGAGGAAAUGUUGUUUGAUCAACUUUGAGUUGUCGGUGAGAUUGACACCAGUUAAACUUCUGUGUGUUCCUAUCUUGCAUAGUAUAGCAUGUAAUAUCCACUAAAUGAGUGUGAUAUAAUGAUAUAGAACUAGACAAACAAAUGUAAUGCGGGGCACACGUGAGGUAAAGCAAGCUAUCAAUCCUCUUGAGGCAACAAUACAUUAAUCAAAGAAGUUCACCAAGAAGCUGGACCGACUAGUAUCAUCAAUCAAUAAGCUGUUAUGAUUCACAGCACCAGUGCUUAAUGGCAGUGUGUAACAACACGAAGGCAGCUUUGGCACUGUGUCAGGAUGUUGUUGGUGCCAGGAGACAGAAAAGUCUGGUUGUGCCCAAACAGACUGUGGUGUGUCUUUAGACUUGUGUAAAUGUGCACGGUUUUGUGAAAAGUGCAACACAGAAGAAGGCAUAUAACGUACAGGUAUUUAUAUAUCUGGCACUUAGAUUCUGGACAUAUUUGAGAAAUUACAAAGAUUCAUGCAUUUGACAAAAGGAGAAGGUCCUGUUACUCUUGAAAAGAUUUGUAUGACGAGGCAUGGCAUUGCCUCUGCGUUUCAAUUUACAAAGUCUGUGCUUAAUGGGUGAGCAUGGUGGGUUCGAUGAGGAUAGGCAGAUACUGUAGAUGAAGGACUUUUAUUCUUGGUUGACUAAAUCCCUAACAAUUACCAUACAACGGUCUUGCUAACAGCUCUGGAGAAAACUGCAACUAUACAGUGGAAAUUGUCAGAGGAAGAGGGUGAAACGAAGAGCAGACGAAGAGCUAAUGCGGCUGCAAUAAAGGAUGAUGUUUAUAUUGGUUUGAUGUUUGCUGAUGAGACCACAACAGAAGUGUUUAAUCUCCCAGUAAAUAAUGCCUGAUGCCAGCACAUGUGAUACAAGAAUUGUUUGCCAUAAGUGUCGGCAAAGAUUUGACAAUGCUCAACCUACUCUUGGUGACAAACAUUUUCUUGAAUUUGCACCUGUGUUUGCAUGACGUGUCGCUGCAGUUGGGGGUUAAGCCUCCUGAAAUGGUGUCAGCCCGAUGUGUAAUUCUUUUACUUCUUUUAGAUUUGAAAACUUCCAUGAACAGCAUUGAGUACAGUAUGUCUGUAUGUGUCCAUCUGUUGAAAGUGUUUUUUUGUACAUAUCAUUUAAAUUAAAAUGAUUGCACGCACACACACACACACACACACACACACACACACACACACACACACACACACACACACACACAUUAGUGAAUAACUCAUCACCUAAUCUUGUUCGAGAUGGUCUGUACAUAAUUCACAACUGUAAAUACGAUGAUUUGCGGAGGUUUGGCAGAGGUGGGAGCGCGGUGCUGGUCAGUUGGCUGGCAGCUUGUUUCAUUCAGUCUACUGUUUGUUUUUUCUAAUGUUGUCUGCCACCAGUUUUAUUGUCACCAUUUCUUGAUUUUGAUUUUCAAGAAUAACUUCUGUGCCAACUUUGUGUACUGUAUGGUUGAGAUAGACUGUUUUCUUUAGCUGUGUUAGAGUUGUCAUUACAGUUUAAAUGUGUGCACUUCAUUCUGACAUGCACAGUUAACCAGCAGUUUACAGGUAAUGGUAAUCCCUGAUUACUUCCCCUAUUGUACAAAAUUUUAGUUACACCAUAAAAACUGUGUUAUUAAAAACAAUGUAAUUGGCAAAUUCCAAAAUAUGAGAUUGGUUUGUAUUAGUGGAUCUCUAUUAUAAACCAAUCUAGUGCUUGUAAUGUUACAAGUUUUAGUUAAGUUUCAAUUUGACUUGAACAUGAUUUCUUACAAAUUCUGAUGAUUCUCUGUGAACUUCAAAUUAAUGGCUUUCUGUUCUUGUCUUCACAGUGUUAAGUUUCUAGCAUUCGCCUUCUCUCUAAUGAGGAGUCGGUAACCGGUAAACACAAAUUUGCGGCGGGAGCCACGUAAGCGUCAAGUGUGACACGGAUGGACGGUUUAAAGGAGAUCUUUGGGGUGACAAGAGAGAGACCAGAGGUUAAUCAUGAAUUAAAUAAUCACAUGGUCUGCUCCUCACGUUGUUACCAAAGCGGCCUCUUGGAACUCCGACCACAUUUUUGUCAACUGACCUUUUUUUCCCUUUUUUUCUGAAAACUGACUGAGCAUUGCACUGACACACUUUUGGGAGCGAAAAGGACUCCUGAUUACACAUUCCAGAUGACAUCUCUCUGACAACAUUAUACUCGCCAUCUUGUAGGAUGACCAACUCGGUACCGUCUACAGUGCUGAACAACUGAGCAACUUCACACGUUUCCGAAAAAAAAACCACUCUUCUUCACAAAGGACUGAAUGAACAAUGUAGCAUCUCUGCUAACAUAUUGUAGCAUUUGUUGGCUGGGAAAUAACUUGACUUUAUCCAUCGACAGUUGGAAGAGAGAGGAAUUUAUGCAUUCGAGGGAUCUUUUAGAUGUCAUUUUCCUCUUAGGUUCCUUUCCAGUGAAGAAAAAAGAAAUAGAGUACAUGAGAGACAAAGGAUUGGUCUUUCAGUGCAUAUGAAAUCAAUCACAAAUGCACAGUAUUUACCAACACACACACUAUAGUCCCUAGUUCAAGUUUAGCACUUGUAUAGCAUGUUUGCCACUGAACCUAUGUCUUCCAUUCUCUUCUAUCAGACUGAAUCACUGCCCUCUUCACGACUACCGAUAAUCAAAAACAGCACUAACUAUGAAGUUGAUCAAAUGAAGCACAUGUAGCAUCAGCUCAAACAGGUGGUGUAUGGCAUUUACUGUCCAUUAGACUCACCUGAAACAUUGACCAAAAGAAAA